AUACUACUUACACAAGUGUGCACAGCAUAUCAGGAUGAUUGGGCUUGGACCUCCAUAUCAUCCUCACAGACCCGAUCCCCAACACCACUUGAAGAAACUGUCUGCGCCAUGGCAGAGCUCGUAAAGCGGGGUAUCUCGGAUUGUCGGAAUGCAGUGUGGACACGCCCCAUCGGGCUCAGAACAUGCACCCUAUCCCUGCUGUCCAACUGGAGUACUCGCCUUCCACAUUUGAUGUCGAGGGUCUACGGCUCAAUAUCCUAAAUACGGCCCGUAACUUGCUUGGAAUUAAGAUCAUCGCCUAUUCACCUCUUGGGCGCGGUCUGAUCACGACAGUCACAAUGUAAGUACCGCAGACUGGUGGAAACCAUUUGAAGGCUCACGACAUGAAAAUGAUUUCGAACCUAAGGAUUGGCGGGUAAGGGCUCACGAAAACUAUAAUUUGUUAGAUACUCGAAGGAAGCUCAACCUUAUCAACGCCAAGCAACUUCUUCGAUCCUACAAAAUGACCUGUGGACAAUUUUUGGGGACCGUCAAACCCUUGACCAGACUUAAAAGACCGAAUUCUGUGGUAAGAGUUAUAGAUUUUGCUCCACUUUUCAGGGUUCCGCUCGAACCUGGGCCACCCUUGCCUUACAGGACGAUAAGGCGUACCAUUUGCCAAUGAGUUCGUUGUCCCCAUAGCCAUUUGCAAUGUCCCAGAAAAUACAACCACACUUAUAUGCUUUAUCCAACGCCUAUAAGGGAUAGUUAGCUAUAGGCAGCAUAAAGUAUUCUGGAGUGCUCCAACAUGAAAUUCACCUUGAU